UGUUACCUUAAGAGCAGCUCUCUCCAUAGCAACUGAAAACUUUGCAAGGCAGCAAUAAACUAAUCCUCUCCAGCUUCCAGAGCACCAUCAAGGAAUUUUAAAAACAUUGGACUUCCAGCAGCUAAAUACUUCUGAGGAUUCAGAAGGCCACAAAGCUAGAUACACAAGCAUUCUUUUUCCCUUCAGAAGAUUCUUCAGGUUUCGAGUUUAAGCUGUGAAGUGCGAACAACAAUCCAACAUUCAGUGCAGAUCACGCACUGCAGGAAGAGGAGAUGUGUUUUCUGACCAAGCAUCCAGCCCUUGGGGUGGUAUGUUCUGCUUUCAUAUUCAGCGUGCUCAUUGCUGAAGGACAGCCUGGGGAAGAGCAUGGGCAGGAUGGCAGCUAUGCUCCCAGCCGAGGCUAUCUGAUGGAAGUUUUACGCGUUCUUUCAGCUGACAACACUGAGCUCCACAUGAACCACUCACGAGAACUGGUCAAAAUGUUACUGGAGAGAGCUGAGUGCCCACAACGGAUUUAUGGCAUGCAAGAGGAUUGUAAUCUGUGCCUUGAACCAGAUGUUUUGUUACUAAUAGCUGGUGGAGAUUUAGAAGACCAUCUCAGCGAAGAAGUAUUUGAGAGAAUUUCUCUUAUUCUUCUCUACUACAUUCUUCAUCAUAGAGAUGUGUGUUCUUCAGAACUGAGCUUGAAUAAUAAGGAUUAUAAAUUUUACUUACAGAGUAUGCUUAGUUUAAGACAUGAUGAAGACUGUUAUUAUUUUUCACGGAAUGAAACUGAAGAUAUUUUGGCUGCAGUAAGGCAGCAUUUUAAAACUUCUGAAACCCAGUGUGUUGAUGUGAGUACUCUGGAAAAAAAUGCUGAUAUAAUGGACAGAGAUGGUGCUGAUGAAAACACUCUUCCACGCCUGGCUGCUUUAAUCAUUACUCUGGCUCUCCAAGGAGUCUGUAUGGGGAAAGCAAGUUUGCCCUCCCCAGAAUUCUUUAUAAAAUAUAUUUUCAAUUCUCUAAACAGUACCACUGAGCUCGAAGUGACAGAACUGCAAGAACUACUAAAUGUGCUUACAGCCAGAAAGACCUGCACUGUAAAUGGACAAUUGCACAGUCACAAAAGAAGACGUUAUAGUAUGGCAAUCAGAGAUAUUGGAACCAGAAACAUUCCAGUCAAAGGAAACCAUAUAAAAGGAGGCUAUCUGAAAGGUUAUUUUGAAGAUCAUGAAAGGAGCACAGAUUGGGACCAGGUUUGUUUCUCUGCCAAUGAACUUGUGAAGAUAUUUUUAAAAAAUAGUUCUUCUUCCAUUUCUAAGGACCACUUCAAGCAAAUCAGUCCAGCUAUCAUUCAGCAACUAUUAAGUUGUUCAUGUCAGCUUCCUGACUCCAAGCAGACAAAGCUUCCACCAACAACUCUGGAAAAAUAUGGUUACAGCACUGUUGCUGUUUUAAUUAUUACUAUUGGAUCUAUGUUUGGUACAACCCUCAUUUUAUUUAACUCCUGUCAAGAAAUCUAUACACUCAUUUUACAGCUGUUUGUUGGUUUGGCUGUUGGGACCCUUUCUGGAGAUGCAUUGCUACACCUUAUUCCUCAGACUCUUGGUUUACAUAAACAUGAAGCACAAGAGGUGGAACAUUUCUAUGAGGGGAAAGAAUAUAUUUGGAAACUUUUGGGAAUAAUUGGAGGAAUUCAUGGAUUUUUUCUGAUAGAAAAGUGUUUCUUUCUUUUGGUAACACCACAUGACCAGAGAAGCCCAGAAGAUUCUGAGUCUGCUGAAGUUCCUCCAGAGAGUAAGGCGAUCCGGAAAAAAAGUAAGAAAAUUAGUUUGUUAGCAAUAAUGGUUCUGGUGGGUGACAGUCUUCACAAUUUUGCUGAUGGCUUGGUAAUAGGAGCAGCAUUCUCGUCCUCAACAGAAACAGGUGUGACAACGACUAUUGCUAUUUUAUGCCAUGAAAUUCCUCAUGAAAUGGGAGAUUUUGCUGUGCUGCUAAGUACAGGGCUCCCCACGAAGACUGCCAUUUUGAUGAAUUUUCUAAGUGCGCUAACAGCAUUCUUAGGACUUUAUAUUGGCCUUUCUGUAUCAACUGACCCGUGCAUUCAAAACUGGAUUUUUACUAUUACAGCUGGAAUGUUCUUGUAUUUAUCUUUAGCAGAAAUGCUUCCUGAAAUGACUCAUAUUCAGACACGGCGACCCUGGUUGAUGUUUCUCCUACAGAACCUUGGAUUACUAUUAGGCUGGCUUUGCCUCUUACUUUUGGCUAUAUAUGAACAGAAAAUUAAAAUAUAAGUUUUCUGUUGGAAAUCUUGAAGUACCACUUACGACAGUGGAUAGCAUUAUUCACAAUUUUGUCACGUCUGCUAUAGUGAUAUAUAAAUUAAGUUGCUCGGAUUUUUAUAUCUGAACAGUAGAUAACUAUUUGACUUUAUUAACUUAUUGUUCAGAUUUUGUAAUUUUUUUUGUAAACAUGAAUGUUUAGAAUUAUGUUUUAUUUGUUACUGAGUUUACCAGAUCCCACGCUCAAACUCACAGGAGCUUUUGAUUAGCUUUUAUUGAGCCUGUUCUAGUUGAAUGCUCUAAGUGAUCUCUGCCAGUCUGAUUGAAGAAAAGAAUAAAACACUUUUAUAUGCAAUAAUUAAAGUGGACUAACCAUAGUUGAAUAAUUUGAAGCAGAACAGUUUGUUGCCUCUUAGUACAAAGAAUAAAUGUAUUUCUACAAAACUAGAAAGUAUAGCAACACUAAACUGUUAAAUGGCAUACAGC